AUGCACGGCCGAAGCCAAGGCGGCGUCAUCGCCCCAGACGUGCUGGUUCACAGGCAGCUUGGCGCAGCUCAGACGCGGCGAUCGGGCCCGCGAAAGGGCGAAGAAGGGACAAAUGCGUGCCGGGAAGGGGAAUGGGAUCCUGGUGUCUUCCUCCUGAGGGCUGUUUACCGGAAGACGCUGUUUUCUCACCUUGCGUUGACGGAAGUUCGGCACCCUGUCUAA